AUGGGCGAUCUCACAGUCUUCCUUGGGCUACAAAUUCAACAAACCGAAGAAGGAACCUUUGUUUGUCAGACUAAAUAUACAAAGGAACUGAUACCAAAAUUUGGCAUGAGCAAUGCAAGAUUAAUUGGUACUCCUAUGAGCCCUGCUACAAAUUUAGACAAAGAUGAACAGGGUACUCCAAUUGAUGAAACCAGAUACAGAGGAAUGAUUGGAUCACUACUAUAUCUGACAGCAAGUCGACCGGAUAUUAUGUUCAGCGUGUGUAAAUGUGCCAAGUUGCAGUCGGCUCCCAAGGAGUCACAUCUGACUGCUGUAAAAAGAAUCAUUCGAUAUCUAAUUGGCACAGUAUCUCAUGGAUUAUGGUAUCCUCGUUCUAACUUAUUUAAAUUAGAAGGUUUUUCUGAUGCUGAUCUAGCAAGUGAUAAAGAAGAUAGAAAAAGCACAAGUGGCACUUGUCAACUACUAGGAAAGACUUUAAUAUCCUAG